CUGUCCGCGGUGCUGAAACCAGACUCACAGCGAGGCAGAGAGAUGCUCAGCUCACUCACGACCCUCCGUAGAAACUAAUUACAAAGGUGUCACCAUGCCGUCACUCUCUGAGACCUCCACAACAACCAAACACUUCCUCAUCUGUUUUACCAACCUCCCCUUAAUCCUCCUCUUCCUCAGUUCCUCUGGUGUUCACGGGGUGCCACUCAGAGAGCACAGACUGCGGGGAAGUGAAUCAGACUCCCAGAGAGGAAAUGUCCACCAGACUCCUAAUGUUGACAUGCUCAAAGCCUUGGAGUACAUUGAGAACCUCCGUCAGAGAACCGGCACAGACUCCCAGCAGCACAAUCCUCUCUCUGCAGGGUACGAUGCCAGCCACAUGGAUGACGCUGAGAAGCUGCGUGCGAUGCUGAGACUGGCAUCUAAUCCCGUGCAGAGUAAAGAUGAGGAUGAGGAGGAGGGAAGGGAGGAUAAGAGUGAAGAGCUGCUCCAGGCCGUGCUCAGCACCCUCCAGCAGACGGAAAAGGCCUCCAAGCCAGAGUCACUUCGCCCCAGCGCACAGGGAGAAGGCAUGAAGGACAGCGUGUAUCCCAGGGUGCAGCAGAAGCAACACAACGUCAUGCUCCACAAGAAACUGCCUCUCAUGUUUGAGGAUGAGGAAGAGGGCGAGGGAGGUGAGGAAGAGGAGCACGAGGGGCCAGAUAUGGAGCGCGAGAGCCACUUCAAACGCACCAAUGAGAACGUGGAGGAGAAGUAUACACCUCAGAAUCUGGCAACGCUGCAAUCUGUGUUCGACGAACUGGACAAGCUGACAAGUGGGAAGACCACGCAUAAACGGCAAGAUGAGGACGAUGACAUGGAAGACGACGAUGAGGAAGAAGACGAUGAUAUGUUUGAUGUCAGGAAUGUGGCAUACGAUGAUGUAGGCGGGGAUCUCGCACUCGACUGGGGCCCGCUCCAAGAACAGGGGGAAGAGGAGAGGGACAACAAACAUGAGGUUGACCGGGGGCUUGAUUAUCUCAAUGACAAUGAUGAAGAGGACGAUGAGGAAGAUGAAGAGGAAGACGAUGAAAGUUACCCAGUCAAGAGGUCAAAAGAUCCAGAUGAUGUUGCCAACCUAGUGGACUAUUAUCUCCUGAAAGUGCUGGAGAAAACUGAGGAGGAAGAGCAGAAACGAGAGAUAGAGGAAGAGGAGGAGGAGGAGGAGAAGAGGGCUGAGAGGAGAGUGGCUCAGACGCAGUACAGAGACAAUAUACUUCCACAAACCAUCUACGAGUUCAUUCAGAUCUCCCAAAAAUACCAGAUUCCACCUGAGGACCUGAUGGACAUGCUCAAAACCGGAGAACUGACAAUUCAAGACAAGUCACGAAAGGGCAACAAAUUAGCCUCAGCACAAAACAAGCUCUCUCAGAUAUCCUCAAAGAAGAUACACAAGAUUCCCGAGGCUAAAUUCUACAACAGACGCCUGCCUGACAGUCAAAAAUCCCCAGAGGAACUGAGGACAGAAGAAAUCCUAAACAUCCUGGGGUUAGGGGGAACGGAGGAUCGAGCUCCCGUCAGGAAGCAGAAGCAGUACAAAAGCUUGCUGUCACGACUUCACACUCAGCCUCUGGGGCGUUCAGGGGAAUCCUCUCCCACUCAACGCCGCCUUCCCAGCACAUUAAAGGACGACUAUGAUAACACCAUGGAUGAAGAUGAACUGACAGCGUAUUUAGCGGCUCAGAUGCCGGCACAGUAUCUGAACCCCGUGUACAGCAGCAACAACAACAAGGCAAGCCAAAAGCGAGACGAAGCUGGGCAGAGCAUAACAAGCUCUUUUGAACAGGCCAUACAGGACUAUUUUGAUCAGCUGGACUCAGAUAAAAGCCCAAAUGAAAAGAGACAGUCUGAGGACGGUGAGAGGAGCGGCGGCACACAAAUGCAAGGCUUUGAAAAUGAGGCAGUGAUGAAACUGCUGAGUUACCUGAACCCAGAAACUGAAGAAAGUGAUACUGAUAGCAAAACUGCCCAAGGAAUAUAAAUAAGGUUGCAAAUAUAUAUACAUACAUACAUAUAUAUAUGUGUGUGUGUGUAUGUUUGGUGGAGGGAGAGGGUUAAAAAUAAAGUAUUUUAAAGAAUAAAACAUGCUGUCAACUUUAGUUAUUCUGUAGAUUUACAAAAGUUAUUUAUUAGCAGAAAUAUGAAUGCUCAGACAUUCAUUUGAUGCUUUUUUUUAAAUGUGUUGCUCAACAGCACUUAACAACCAGUACAUGUGACUCACCAGCCUUACAUUUCAACAUGCACACACACACACACACACACACACACACACACACACACACACACAACCAAAAUCAGUGUUGGAUCCCUUAGAUUCACUUGUGUUUUUUGGUAAUUCUUUCUUAAAUGUGGUCAUAUGUGACAUACCUGAUGUUAAUAAAGCAUUGACUUUAUUUUUUC